AUGGCCAAAGUGCCGCGCAACUUCCGCCUGCUGGAAGAGCUGGAGAAGGGCGAGAAGGGUCUUGGUGCCGAGGCUUGCUCCUACGGUCUGGAGAACGGCGACGACCUGCUCAUGUCCAACUGGAACGGCACCAUUCUCGGUCCUCCCCACAGCGUGCACGAGAAUCGCAUAUAUAGCGUCAAGAUCCACUGCGGCGAGCAGUACCCCGACGUCCCGCCCGAGGUGACCUUCGUGUCCAAGAUCAACGUGCCCUGCGUGAACCAGAGUAACGGCAAGGUCGAUCCGUCCAAGCUCCCUUGCUUGAUGCAGUGGAAGCGGGACUUUACCAUGGAGACCAUUCUUAUCGAGCUGAGGAGGUACAUGGCUCUACCGCAGCACAAGAAGCUGCCCCAGCCCCCGGAGGGCACUAGCUACUAG